CAUUCAAAAAAGCCUAAUUUCCCUUUUCUGCAUCAUAUUUUUCAUUCUCCCACAACACAACACCUUUUCCUUUUCCCUUCCGUUGGUGCCAUUCGUGCAGCACCGGAUCCUCUCAUUUCUCCGGCGAUAACUCUCCCUUUUCCGGCGAAUUCACCGCUUCCUCGAUAUGAAUCCCGAGUAUGACUAUCUGUUCAAGCUCCUUCUGAUUGGAGACUCUGGUGUUGGUAAAUCAUGUCUUCUUCUAAGAUUUGCUGAUGAUUCAUACAUUGAGAGCUACAUAAGCACCAUCGGAGUUGAUUUUAAAAUUCGCACUGUUGAGCAGGAUGGGAAGACAAUUAAACUACAGAUUUGGGAUACUGCUGGACAAGAACGAUUUAGGACAAUAACUAGUAGCUACUAUCGUGGAGCACAUGGAAUCAUUAUUGUUUAUGACGUGACAGAUGAAGAUAGCUUCAAUAAUGUGAAGCAAUGGCUCAGUGAAAUUGACCGCUAUGCCAGUGAUAAUGUUAACAAACUUUUGGUUGGAAACAAGAGUGAUCUGACAGCAAAUAGAGUUGUCUCAUAUGACACAGCUAAGGAAUUCGCAGAUCAAAUUGGCAUACCUUUCAUGGAAACAAGUGCAAAAGAUGCUACAAAUGUGGAAGAUGCUUUCAUGGCCAUGUCUGCUGCCAUCAAGAAUAGAAUGGCUAGUCAGCCUUCAGCAAACAAUGCAAGGCCUCCAACAGUGCAGAUCAGAGGGCAACCUGUUGGACAAAAAAGUGGUUGCUGCUCUUCCUAACCAGGUGGUGCUGCUUGGUCUACACUUACCUUUUGCAUGUAAGGGGCAUAUGCUAUUUCACUAAAUAGUGGACCAGUGUCACGUAAUCCAACCUGUGGUUUGGGAAUUGGCCUAGAUGAUCCCAUUCUUUACCAUAUACUUGAAUGCUAUGAUUGUGCUUAGUACUUGUUAAUGAUAAAACUUUUAUAUUUCUGCUCAUCUAUUUUUACCA